AUGCACCCAUAUGGAUAUGCCGAGAGUUUACCCCAGCCCUACCAGCCCGAUAAUCAUGCCGGUACAAUUCCCUUUGGGCCCGUUCCGGCAGGGACAGCAUCAGAUUCUUUCGUUCCCGCGGGGCUCUACCCACCCUCAGGAUAUUUUGGUUACCCGCAGCCUUUCUCCCCUCAUAUGACAGAGAAUGGGAAUCUGUACGGUCAUCAUGAUAACUACGCGCCAAACCCGUAUGUCGGAGCCUAUCCAAUGCCCACGCCUCUAACAAUCCCGUAUCCAUUACCCCCAGGAGUGGGUCAGCCAGUCCAAGCCCCAGAAGGAGCCUCGUCAAGGGAAGAGGCUGAGAAGGCCAAGAAGGACGAUGCUAUUGCCCGUCUGGAGCAAAUGAUAUUGGAAGAUCGCGCCGAGCGCAGGGCAAGGGAGGCUAUCCUGGAAGAAAGAGCAAAAAAAGCUACCCUAGAGGCAGAAAUUGCACGGACUAAGCAAGCUGUCGAGCAAGCCGCGGUGCCUUCUCAAGAGGAACUUCAUAGGAGGUCGCGACGUGAUUCUUCCGCGUCGGCCAGCAGCCACAAGUUUGAAGCAAUAGACUCGGAUCCUGCCUAUGGCACCGGAGAGCCGGAUGAAGAGGACCUAAGGCCAAUGGCCUCUCCUGUGCCAUCAACAACCCUCCGGGAAGCUGGCUCCGCAAGUGAUAAGACAAAGCAUGUGGAUCUGAACGAUGUAGGCGCUAAUACUAGCGCCGCUGGCUUUGGUUCUGAAGAUGGGGGUGGUGGCUCCUUUCAGCUUGGGCGGGGACCUCAGGACUACUGUGACGGAGGCUAUAAACGACGAGCCACCCUCGCCACCCUCGCCACCCUCGCCACCCUCACGGUCUGGUCAAAAGAUGACGAUGAGGAAGAAGAAAAAGAAGUCCAGGGCAAUAGAGCCACCUUCCGAGACUGA